GUUUGAAUUCGAAGAGCAAGUGAAUACUUGCCAAGUAUAUUCUUAAAGCAUUCAGUCAUUGGCUCUACCCGUUUUUUUAUUUAUUCUUUCUUCUCUCAAUUGAAAUAAGUAGCUUCGAUUUGCAUCUUUCAUAUAUCAUCAAUGCUUCAUUUUUCUUAGAACAGAACAGCAUUGUGGUUAAUAUCAGUUACAUCGAAAUCUGCCCCGCCAUCAACGCACAUAGAUAUAACUUCUACAUCGUUCAAGCCCAGUCUAUCUUAUCAUAGAGCAUCGCCAACGCCGAGGAGAAUUUUUAUUUCUUUCAUUCUUAUCUCAUAAUGGCCAUGGACGCUAUUCUCCAGGGAAACACCAGCAGUGAAGGCUGGAUAGUACAAAAAUUUGGAGGCACGAGUGUUGGGAAAUUCCCAGAGAGUAUUGCUGAGAAUAUUGUUCGAGCCAGCUUAAAGUCGAACAAAAUUGCCGUUAUUUGCUCUGCCAGAAGUUCUGGCAAGAAGGUGACAGGCACUACUAGCCGAUUAUUAGAAGUAUACAAGCAUUUACGUGCCAUAUCAGCUGCGACAAGCAAUGAGGUUACUCAACACGAGCUCCUCGAAAAAGCCAAGCUUGUUAUACAAGACAUCCGCGUUGACCACGUCGCAGCAGCGCAGAAGUGGAUUAAGAACCCCGAUCUGCAAAAGACAGUGUCGGUCAACAUAGAAGAGGACUGCCAGGAACUAAUAGACUAUAUCAUUGCGGCUAAGCGAUUCAACUUAGAAGUCAACGCGAGAUCUAAGGAUCGAGUAGUUAGUUUCGGAGAGAAGCUGAGCUGCAGAUUCAUGACGUACUUACUGAGAGACAGGCAAGUUGACGCAGAGUAUGUGGACCUGUCUGAUGUGAUGCAUUACGACAGUUCCGACCGAUUGAGUCCGGCAUUCUAUAAAGAAGCUGCAGCUAUUUUCCGCAAGAGGAUAGAAUCUUGUAAUGAAAGAGUACCCGUAGUUACUGGUUUCUUCGGCAACGUCCCAGGCAGCUUGAUGGACGGAGACAUUGGACGGGGAUAUACCGACCUAUGCGCUGCUCUGGUCGCUGUGGGACUAAAGGCCCAAGAGUUGCAGAUAUGGAAGGAGGUAGACGGCAUCUUCACGGCGGAUCCCACCAAGGUCCCAACAGCAAGGCUGCUCGCGUCCAUUACCCCGUCGGAAGCAGCAGAACUUACAUUCUACGGCUCGGAAGUCAUUCAUCACCUGACUAUGGACCAGGUAAUCAAGGCGGAUCCGCCGAUACCUAUUCGCAUUAAGAAUGUAAACAAUCCACGCGGAAAUGGUACUAUCGUAGUUCCAGAUCCAGUACAAUCUCCGGCGCAGAAGAUUAGGAGAUCCCAGCCCUCCGACUCUCCGUUGCGGAAACAUCCUCGAAGACCUACCGCGGUGUCUAUCAAGAAUAACAUCACUGUUAUCAACGUACACUCGAACAAGCGGUCCAUUUCCCACGGCUUCUUCGCCAAAGUAUUUUCAAUUCUCAACAGCCACAGGAUAUCCGUGGACCUUAUCUCCACAAGUGAGGUCCAUGUGUCCAUGGCCAUCCACUCCUCAAGUCCGUCCGUACACCAUUUCGAAAAAGCCAUGGCAGAGCUAGAAGAAUGCGGAGAUGUUAGUAUCUUACUCGACAUGGCUAUCUUGAGUUUAGUCGGCGCAGAGAUGAAGAAUAUGACGGGUAUUGCUGGCCGCAUGUUCUCGACAUUGGGAGAGCAUAGCAUCAAUAUCGAAAUGAUAUCACAAGGCGCGAGUGAGAUUAAUAUCUCAUGUGUUAUCGACGCAAGGGAAGCCACAAGGGCCAUGAGCAUACUGCAUACAAAUCUAUUUACAUUUCUCGAUUGAUGCCUGAGUAUGGUAUACAUGGAUGCAUUUCAACAUGAUAUACUUUCCUUGUUGUGAGAUAGAUUACGCAUGUACAUGCAUACUGGUGGUCAGUUAGUACGUCUUUUUGAAAAAGGGGGCUCUGGCAUUUAAAUUGUCCCCCAUUCCCGGAGGUAAAGUUAGGUACCUUAGGUACAUAUAUGUACUUGGCCUCCUAGAAAAGCUUGAUAGAUAUAGAAGCAUUGAUUUGCCUAAAACAUAUGAAGAUAAUCA